AACACACUUUUAGGAGUCGGACGUAAAUUAAAGAUUCGCAGGAUUAUACUACACACUGGGGAUUAAAAAACGCCGUGCAGUGCUUGUUUAUAACAUCAGUAAGCAAUUGGCAUAGAGCUCUAUUUAAUCUACCAUCCAGUAUGGCUUCAGAUGAAUUAGAAGCAUCUUAUUCUUUACUCAUUCUGCAUCAAACUAUGGAUAUGUGGUCAUUGCAAAACUAUUUCCAGAUCAUCUGUUAAAGGUGGAAACAUUUUCUGCUUUAAAUAUUACAGGAUAGACAAACUGGCCUUCAUGAUAAUAAUUUAAAACAAACAUGGAACAUUUUAAAGUAAAUUAAGUCAUCCUGUAAUAAGUAUUACACAAAAGUUGUGUUGUUUAUUUGUGUGGACUUGGUUUUUAGUUUUUGAGCAUAAGACAGGCAAUUUACUCCUGUUUUUGUUACUCAUACAAAAAAACCUCAGUGUUGUGAUUUUGCUGUUGCAUUAACAAAACAUGGCCAUGGAACACUACGAACUUGUCCAAGAGAUGCCAUCCAUAGAGCGGAUGACAACUCAGGACAGGUUGAAGCAUGCCCGUAAAAGAAGAUCCCAGCAGUUAAAAAAAUGGGCCCAGUAUGAGAAGCAGUUAGAAAAGGAGAGCACAAAAAAGAAGAAAAAGGAACCACAACAAGACUCUAUGAAAAGAAACAAAAGACGGAAAACAGACAGAGUACAAUUUGUAGCUAACAUUGCCCUCCUAGAGUCUGCUGCCAGAAAUGACUUGGAAGAAGUUCGCCGUCUGUUGGAGAACAAAGUCAGCCCAGACGUGACGAAUGAAGAUGGCCUUACUGCAUUGCAUCAGUGCUGUAUUGAUGACAAUGAAGAAAUGUUGAAACUCCUGCUAGAAUUCGGUGCUAAUGUAAAUGCCUGUGAUAGUGAAAUGUGGACACCACUUCAUGCAGCGGCCACUUGUGGCCAUGUAACCUUAUGUAAACACCUUAUAGAGAGAGGAGCUGAGCUGUUGGCAGUUAAUGCAGAUGGAAACAUGCCCUAUGAUAUUUGUGAAGAUGAAAUCACUUUAGACUAUAUAGAAACAGAAAUGGCUAAAAGAGGAAUCACACAAGAACAAAUCGACACAACAAGGUUAACCACUGAAAGACAAAUGUUAAAUGACCUGAAGGAACUUGUGGCAAGUGGAGGGGAUCUAGAAUUUAAGGAUGCUGUGGGAGCCACUAUGCUUCACAUAGCAGCUGCCAAUGGAUUCUUAGAUGCCGUAGAGUUUUUGUUGGACCAUCAUGUCAGUGUAGAUGCCAGAGAUAAUGAAUCGUGGCAGCCUAUACAUGCUGCAGCAUACUGGGGGCAGCUGGACAUACUGGAAUUGCUUGUUCAGAAUGGUGCAGACUUAGAUGCAAAAACUAAAACUGGGGAAACUCCAUUUGAUUUAAGUGAAGAUCCAGAUAUUAAACAAAGGAUAUUGGAUUUAAAAGAUGAAAUUGAAACCAACAAAGCCAGCAGAUUGCGCCCAGGAUCCUCCAGAAAGCACAAACAUAACUCUAGAAACUCAACUGCUCACCAUCAUCAGGACUCUGUGUAUAGUUCAAAUACAUCUCUCAACUCCAAAUCUACCAGUGCAUCAAUGAGACGUAGCUCUCUGCGUGGAGAGAAAAGUAAUUUAUUCAAAAAGGAGGCUCAGGAAGAAGCUUUGCAUUUUGGGCUUCGUCUUAUGCAAGAUGAAGAAGAGUUGCCAGUUUUAACUGAAGAGAGAGAAACUUUACCAGCAUCAAACAUUGAUGAUAUUGCUGUGUCUAUUGAUGACCAUGACAACAUUGAGCAACCUUCUCCAGCACCCCGUCACAGAUCUGACCCUAGAAUGAAUCCAGGCAACAGCUUAGGUCGCACCUCUGCUGACAAACUUCCUGGUGGUAACAAUGCUGCCAAACCAACUGCAGCAGGGAGAUCACCACCAUCUGUUUCAUAUUCUAACGACAUGAGGAGACAAUAUAGUGACGUACGAGAACCUGUUCAAAUGGACCCUCAGAAAGAGGCGCUUGAAGCCCAACUUCAGAGUAUGUUUUUAGCUAGUGUUCCCAAUCGUCAAGCUCGAAGUACAUCUGUGACAUCUGUUACACCACCCCAACUUCAGUUCUACCCACCUCCUAUGAUGGAAAAAGCCAAAAAUGGUCACAACAAUAACAACAAUACUGCUCUAAGCACUGCCUCUACCAACAGUACACCACAGUCCAGUUUUAGAGAUGGCCAGUUGCGUAGAUUUGUUGCACCAACCAAUGCCCCUAUAGUGGGGGGUGAUGAGGAUGAGAAACAAAAGUGCUGUGUUAUUUUAUGAUACAACUGUUUGCAUCAGUUCAUUGCUUCCAAUUUGAAGCAAUUUUUUUUCAAGUAUACAAAUCUUUACCAGAAGGAAAAUCUUUAAUGAAUAAUUAAGAUUUUCUAUACUUAAUUAUUUUCUUUCUGGGCUUAUCCCUUUGUCAGUUAUUUUAAUUUAAUUUAAUGCUAAGUUUGAAAUUCUUCUGAUAAGACAUUUACAAAAGCUCUCUUGCAUCAGAAAAAUAUCUAUAUAUAUAAUUCUCUUCUGGGAUCAGUUAGAAAACAAGCUGCAAGCGCCUCCUUGCAGUCCCCUCUCUUUCUCUCUAUCACUAUCACUACCACCCCCACCCCACCCCCACAUGAUCUGGUGAGCGGUGUUCACUCUGUUUACAUUUUACAAUCAUAGAGACGGGUUUGGUGACGGCUAUUAGGGGCAGAUAAUUUAGUUUGAAACGAU